AUGCCUCUAGGACGCGGCAGGCAUAUAAAACGCCCCGCACCAUCGCACGCCAUCAGUCUGCUUCGAAUCGCGGUAGGUCUCGUCUUCUGCGCUGCUCUCCUUCUAGCUGUGGCAGCGGCCCCAGCUGACGUGGAACAGCUGGAGCCAGCUCCUGAGAAGGAAGACCUGCAGGUGGCCGCAUCCCACUGGGGAGGCUGGGGAGGGCACGGGGGCUACGGCGGCCUCUGGGGAGGCUGGGGUGGCUACUACCCCCACUACGCCAGCUACUGGUCGUGGCCCCUCUACGGCCAUGGCUACGGCUACGGCUGGCCCUACGGCUACGGGAUCGGCCACCACGGCUACUGGUGGAAG